GUUCCGCAAAAAGCAACGCUCGCGUGGUAAGGACAGCCAAUAUAGCAACUCGGGAGCACCAACCACUACUGGCAGCCGUUAUGGAAGCACUGCGCCUGCCGCACCCCAUCCGCGCGACAAUUACGAUUACAUAACUUACGACGAUGACGUGGACGACGAUGAGGAGGACUACGUAGAUGAAGAUUACGAUGAGCCGCCCACGGACGAGGACAAGUUCGAACGAUUAAAUCGACGACGACAUGAAAUGAAUCAACGCAUGUUAGAGAGCGAACGAAGACAGCAUUCCAUGGGCAAAGUGCCGAUUAGCUCUUUAAAGUGCAGUGCACCAACAACAGCGACAAAGAAAUAUCCAACAAGAAGUGGCGAAUAUGAUUUCGACGAUUAUGAGCAAACACCCACGCCACGUUCGAACGCCAGUGGCGGUAGCUCAUACCUACCACCAACAAGUGUGGGCGGCGUCGGCAGUAGUAUUAGCGCUGGUAGCGCGACGAAGUUCAGCUUCGAUGGUGGUUUCGAAUCGGAUUUCAAUCAAAGUUCACCACCACCGGCGCCAGCUGGUACCGCAUCAAGUUGCAAUUCCACGCCGGCCGCUACGACAGCCAGCGCAUGCGUCACGCCUGGUAACAAAUCGUCAUUCCGCUUCUCAAAUGAUUUCUCAGAACGUGACAAAUUACACAGUGGCGCUCAAAACACGUCGACUGUGGCCAGCUCGCAGCAACAGCUAGAUAUGGCUAGCACCCAUUCGCCAGCUUUGCAUGCGAUACCGCCGAUCAUAACCCAGAAGCUGCGCUUCGACGACAACGUCAAGGUGUCACAGUUCGACGAUGCCGCCUUCGAAGAUGACUUCUCCAAUGCGCAAUUCGAUUUCGAAAAGGAGGACCAAUGGCAUGCCGAUUCACUGCAGAGCGCCGGCAGUGGUGCGCUCAUGUCCGCUGCAGCGAAGAAGCACAAUCUUCGUAACAGUAAAUUGCAGCAGCGGCAGGAGUUGAUCAAGAAAUCCGAAUCGAUAAAUAUAUUCGGCAAAAAGUCUGAAGAUCCCUUCGAGGACGAUGAGUUCUUCAAGGCGCCGACUGAUGCUAAAUUAGCCAAUAAUAACAACAAUAACAAUGGAUCACAAUUAGCGAAAUCUGGUACGGGAAAUGGCAGCGGUGGUGGCGUUGGCGGCGGCACCGGUGGGUUCCAGUGUGACGAUGAUUUUAAUUUCGCUAAAUUCGAUGAAAAUAUGUGAUUUGAUCAAUUGUUUGCACGAAACGCAAGAGUGGAGCAUUUAUCAAAACAACAACAACAACAGAAAGAAAAGUCUGCCGUGCUCAACGGUAAAGCCAUAAAUAGUGAAAAUUUAAGCGCUUGCAAUGAGGCUAUGAUGAUUAAAAGAAAUCGGACAAAAAGUAACGGGAAAAAGAAAGAACAUGAACUAGAAGAAGAAGCAGCAGCAAGCGGUGACGCAGAUGUUGUUGAUGAUGAUGAUGAUGAAGA